AACAUUUUACAGCACUGUCAGUCGAUGAAAAUUAAGCCGAGUGAACGAUCGAGUCAAUUCAAAAACAAAAGCUGCAACAUGGAAAUUCAAAGAGACAACGGUAAAUCAAAGAAAUAUUCCUGGCUAACGGCGCCAUCAUCAUUCUCUGUCUACAAGAAGGCGGAGGCGAGUUGUCUAGAAAGCUGCAUCUGUGAACGCAAGCGCGGAUUGAUUGUCUGCACCUGUUGCGGGAAGUCGUUUGUGGGCCGCAUCGGGGAGCGUUGCAACGCGCAUCCAGAAAUUGCGUAUCUAAUGGAUGCACGCAACUGCGCUUUCUGCGGAGCUGCUGCCAAAGAUUUGCGAAUGGCGGCGGAUCAAAUGUGAAACAAAAGAGCUGUAAGAGUAUUGUCGUUGACGACACACAAUAUCAACUACAAAUACCCGUGUAUAUGUAAACAAAUGAACAAUGAAAUCCAUAAAUAUAUAGAUACCAUUGUGUAUCUAAACAUUCA